AUGGCAGGCGAACGAAUUACAAUGAGAGACCUUCGGGGGAGAGGCCGCAUCUCCAGCCUCCACAACCCUCCCGCCGCCGCCACCACCACCCCCUCUGAUCUUGAGAGAGGUGCUCCCCCUUCUUCUCGCCGCCGCCGCCGCUCCAUCACCACCACCAUCACCAACGCCAUCACCACCACCAUCACCACUCCCAUCACCGCCGCCACCACCGCGGCCUUUGCCGCCAUCACCGCCCCCGCCACCAAAGAAUAG